CAAGAAUCGAUGGCGGAAAUACUAGAAUCUAGCGAAUUAUUCUACUUUAAUCUGGAAAAUUAGAUUAUCGUGUGUAUUCUAGAUUUCACAGGAAUAGAUUUAGGGAUAUAUAAGAAGGCCGGCAUUGGUUUGUAAGUUUAGUUUCAGUUCGACUGUGAUACGAUUUAAAUAGUGAUUGUAAAGAGUUUAAUUGUUGAGUUAGUAAAGUAAUUAUGUGUCAGAGUGUUUUGUUAAGUGGAAUAAAUUAUUGCUGUGUUAAUUGCACUUUGAUUUUUGGAAUUAACGAAACGAACGACGAACCCAAGAUUUUUGUCAGCAGGCAACCCAAAGCCGCGACAUUGGUGCCAAGAAGUGGGAUAUAAAGGACUGCAGAGUGAAAUCCAAUUGCGGAAGUGUGGGGACACUAGUGUAGUGUAAAAACUAAACACUAAGUGAACACUGGGACAGUUAGUGCAGUGCAAACAGUGACAAUCACAAAAAGAGACUCAACCGAUCGUGUGAAUUACCCCGGAAGUGACUCUAUACCCGAUUUAGACUGUGAUAGUGAAUCUUCGAGUGAGUUCUAGAAAAUUCUAUUUGGAAACUAAGGGACAUAUCGAAUUUGUGACUUCGCCGACGUAUUCGGAACAUCAAUCGUCAUUCAGAAGAAGUUUUUCGAGGAGUUUCGGGAAAAUUCUAGAACAUUCUAUUUGGAAACCAAGGGAGAUAUCGAAAUUGUGACUUCACCAACGUGUUUGCUGUAUCAAUCGACAUCUAGAAAAAAAGUUUCAAGAAAAUUCCAGAACAUUCUAUUCUAGAAUAAGGCAAGUUAUCCAAUUUGUGACUUCACCGGCGUGUUGGAGCUUCGAGCACAGACCAGAAAAGAUAUUUGAAGAAAGUUCGAGGGAAAUUCUAGAACAUUCUGUAUAUGCCUAUCACAAGACAACAAGCCAAAAUGGACGAACAAAAAGUUGAAGAACUCCUGCACAAAAUGUUGGAACUUCAAGAGACCAAACGACAACAAGAAAAACAAGACGAAGAAGCUAGACGACAACAAGAAGAGGCUAGAAGACAACAAGAAAAACAAGACGAAGAAGCCAGACGACUUCAAGAAAAACAAGACGAAGAAGCUAGAAGACAACAAGAAAAACAAGACGAAGAACUCAGGCGACAAAAAGAAAAACAAGAAGAAGAAGCUAGACGACAACAAGAAGAAGCUAGGCGACAACAAGAACGGCAAGAAGACCUUGCAAAACUGCAGAAGAUAUUCCAAACCAUACAAGGAACUGUCGCUAACUUAGACCAGAAGAUUGAAAAAGUUAAAGACGAUGUGCAAGAAGUUAAACACGACGUCCAGGAAGUAAAAACUGAAGUCAAAAUCGAUGUUCAAGAAGUUAAAGACGAUGUAAGAGAAGUUAAACACGACGUUCAGGGAGUAAAAGCUGAGGUCAAAGCCGAUGUUCAAGAAGUUAAAGACGAUGUUCAGCAACUAAGACAAGAAGUUGAGGACCAAGUUCAAGCACUCGAGGAUAAGAUGCGUAGAUUAGAAAUACAGUCCAUAAAUCCAGCUAGUGUUGGAGCAUUCUCCAGUAUGAAGAUAAAACCACCAACUUUCGACGGUUUUACGUCCUGGACCAUGUAUAUUCGACAAUUUGAAGCUGCUGCAAAUACCAACGGAUGGAACAACCAAGAAAAAGCUACAGCACUAAUAGUGGCGCUACGAGGACCUGCCUUAGACCUUCUUCAGUCCAUUCCUUCAGUCUACCAACAGAAUUACCAGCAUCUUAGUCAAACUUUAGAACUGCGCUUCGGAGACCAUUACAGACAAGAAGUAUUCAGAACUCAAGUUAAAUCAAGAGUUCAAAAACCCGGCGAGAGUCUACAAGAAUUCGAAUCGGAAGUUAAAAGGCUAGUGAGUUUGGCGUUUCCUGCAGCUGGGGAAGACAUGCAGGAAUGGAUGGCACUAUCUGCGUUUAUUGAUGGUCUCAGAGAUUCGAAGAUCCAGGAAAACCUAAGAAUGUCUAAGUUCAGAUAAAGUAGCGAAGCCCUUGUCCGAGCAUUAGAACUGGAAGCAAUCUUUGGUGCCUCACGACCCAGAAUACGAGCAGUGUCCAUUGAAGACCCAAAAGAUAAACAGUUCGUCACCGUAGGAUUAUAAUGGUCUAUAUCCAUUUUUUGGGGAAAAAGAGUUAAUUGCACAAUUUUUUUCAGGAAAAUUAGCUUGGUCUAUAUCCAUUGAAAACACAUAUUAAACAUUUCAAAUAAAAAAAUAAAUAGUAAUAUUUUGUUAUAUAUCCCUUCAAAAUUUUAAAAUGCCAAAAAUUAUUUUGUGCCAUAUCCCAAACUUCUUAUUUGUGCUAUAUCCUCUAAGUCUAUUGAAGCUAUCCUAAAAAUUAUUGUGUUCUAUAUCCUAUCAUCUAGGAUAUAGAAUAAAAUGGUGCUUAUAGACUUUGCCCUUAAAUGAAAUUAUAUUGUUCUAUAUCCAUUGGCAUUCCCUUUCUUUCAGAUCUAAAUAAUAUAGCUAUCUUGUAUCUUUGUUUAUUCACCUAUCACCGGCAAACAAACACACAAACAACUUAACCUAUCUUAUAACUUUCCAGUGAGUAUGAGUAAUACACCUACCGGCUUUUGAGUAAUUUCCUCAGAAAAGUGUGGUAAUAAUUGAAAUUAUUGUUUUGUUAAUAAUUUAUUGUGAUUAGCGUGAUAAUGGAGUCUUUAGAAGCACAAGGGUAAGUUUAAUCUAUAGUGAUAUCACGGAUUAUUUUAGGUUUUACGUUUACACAUCAAAACAUAAUUUUGCAUUUUUAUAAUUUGAAUAAAAAAAUCGCAUUGAUACUAACUAAGUAGGUAGAAGGUAGUAGGAAGAUAAUAAUUAAUUAAUAAUAUUAUAUAAAUUAUAAUUUUCCAUUACUUAGCUCUGAGUCUGAGGAUAAAACGUACGAAAGUCGAACAAGUUCCCCAGGACCUGAGAAACCUUUAGACUGCCCGAGUGAUGUUUGUGAGUAAGAUUUUUUAUUGAUUAAAUAUUGUUAUAAUGGCCUUAUAUGCUUUUAUUUAGCAGGAAAAAAAACAGAACAAAGUUUAGAAAAUCGUUGAAUCAUGAAUCAAAAUACAUAAUCAAGAUUGUACAGAUUAAUAUAAUAAUAAGUUUAAAUUUUAAUGUCAGUUUAUUUUCUUGUAAAUCCAUAUUUAAAAUAUAAGGUCAUGUAGUAAUUGCUCAUUUGCAGAAAAACAUUUCAAUCUAAACUUUUUUACAGUUCAAUGCUAAAUAUGAUAGACACAAUAGAUAAAGAAGACUCUAUGCUUCCGUCUAUUUAUGGCUUGUAAGUUUAUCUACUGAAAGUAGGUGAACCAUGUUUUCUAAAUGCACUUUUAUUGUUUUAGAGAUGAACACGUAAACUUUGAGAUAGAUUCAAACGACAAUGACAUGAACGGUGAUUCGAAUGCAAAUGCGAGCGACUCCCAAAAUGAAAUUGUUUUAGAAAUAAUAGAUAUUAACGAGGAUGGACAAGAAACAAUUCUAAAUAAAGAAAGUGUGACACUACCAGAAGAUGAGACACAAACCCAACAUGUAAACGAAACCAUAAUGGCCGAAGAAAAUAAUAAUAUUUUAGAAAAUGUUGAUACAAAUACCCCUACCAGAAAACGCAAACGAAAUCCAAAUGGGUGGAAGCAAAAUAUACGGAAAGAAAACCGUCAACAUGGUAAAGAAUAUAUUAAUACAAAGGGCAAGUUAGUUGCUCAUAAAUCGGUAAAAACAACUGGAUGCAAAACAGAAAAAUGUAGUUUUAAAUGUGAAGAGAAAAUUACAGUUAUCGACAGAGAAAAUAUAAACAGAAAAUUCUGGAGCCUUGGCGACGAAAUAAAAAAUCAUUUUUAUUCUAAGCAUAUUAGAAGAUACCCAGCAAUACGAAAAAGAACUAAAAAUGAAAAUAGCAGGAAGACUUAUUCUUACGAUUACUUUCUUUAUGUCUCUGGUGUAAAAAUUAAAGUGUGCCAAGAGUUUUUCCUGAAUACUUUAAACAUUAGCAAAAGUCGGGUUUACUACUUUUUUCAAAAAGUCGAAAGUCCCAAGUCCAACGUUCCACGGGCUCCUAUUACAGGAAAACAUCAGAAAAAGGUAGUUCCAGACGAAGAUAAAGAAAAAGUUAGGAAUCACAUCUCAUCGUUUCCUCUAGUAGAAUCGCACUAUUGUCGCCAAAAUUCAUCAAAAAAAUAUUUAGAGCAAAAUCUAAAUAUCCAAAGAAUGUAUGACCUAUAUAAAACGACUGUUGAAAAUCCCGUUAAAUUUCAUUUAUACAAGUCCAUUUUUAAUAAGGAGUAUAACAUAAGUUUUUUUAAGCCAAAAAAGGACUUAUGUGAUAAAUGCGAAGGUUUUAAAGUAAAUAGAAAUGCAAGUACAGAAGAAAAAAUGGAAUAUGAAGAACACCUGAAAAGAAAAAAUAUAGGUAGACAAGAGCGACAGAGAGACAGGGAAGCCUAUAUUGAUGAUGAUACGGUGGGAAUAAUCACUUUUGACCUAGAGAAUACUUUUUCUUUACCUAAAGCAAAUAUUAGUAACUUUUUUUACAAAAUGAAGUUAUGUUGCUACAAUUUAACGGCCCACUUGGAUAAAACUAAAGUUGUUUAUAAUGCAAUAUGGCAUGAGCUUAUUUGCGGUAGAGCUGGUGUUCACAUUGCCAAUGCUAUAAUAAGAAUUUUGAAAAGAGUUAUUGAGGACAAUCCGCAGCUAGAGAAAAUUAUUUUGUGGUCUGAUAGUUGCGUACCACAAAACAGGAAUUCCAUUUUGUCAUUCGCUCUACAGUAUUUCCUUAACUCGCCAGAGUCUGGAAAUUUGAGGAGGAUUGAACAAAAGUUUGGAGAACCAGGACAUGGCAAUGUUCAGGAAGUCGACGCAGCUCACAGCUGCAUUGAGAGAUUUAUUAAGAAUUUGGAAAUAUGGAGUCCUCUAACUCUCGUUCGCAUACUCUUGAAGAUUCCAAAUACAUGGAAGCUGAAAUUUUCUGUUUUACAGAUGAAACCAGCUGACUACAAGAACUAUCAACUGCUUUCUGGGACAUUUAAUUACAAUGAGAUUCCAUACACAAAAUUGAAACAUAUAAUUUAUGACAAGAGAUCAAUAUUUAAUGUUAAAUUCAAAACAUCAUUUGAAGGAGAAUCAUCUGAGGUGAGGUUAGUGCCUCUGAAAAAAUAUAGACAUAACAACCAUGUAGGCAUAGAGUUUCCAACGUCUAUCCCAAAUAUAAACUUGGCUGUAAAAAUAAAUGAUGCGAAAAGAAAACAUUUACUUGAAAUGAUGGAUUAUAUGCCCGAAGAUGAAAGAAUAUUCUAUAAAAAUUUAAUGCCCACGGAGAAAACUGCUGCAAAUAAGCAGAUUAUGGUGAAGAAAACCAAUAAGCCAUCCAAGGUUGGAAAUAAGAAACCGAAGAAAAAAGGAAUUGCAUCUACAAGCAAGAAAUGAA